AGUCGGGGAUGGGUAGCGCACGCGAGGGGGUUAUGUGCAUUUUGACACAAAUGUAGUUUUUUUUUCAAGUAAAACCAGCAAUGGCGGCAAAUAAGAGUGUCAUCGUGCUCACGCCGAACGGUCGCCGACAAAAUGUUAAAGUUACACCUAAUACAACGAUUUUGCAGGUUCUGGAAGAAGUAUGUAAGAAGCAUGGCUACGAUACCGCAAACUACGACGUUAAGCAUUACAAUCGCGUUUUGGAUGCCAAUUCCAUCUUUCGGUUUACCGGAUUGCCAAACAACGCUCAACUCGAGAUGAUUGCCUGUACGAAACAGAGACUCGAAUCAAACGUCACUAUUGGAAUUCAAACGGAGAGUGGGGAACGAGUAACUGGGGAAUUUUUACCUAGUGCUUCUCUGACUGAUGUCUUAAAAAAAUUAUGUCCAGACCAAUUACUACCCGAUGUAGUUCUCAUCUACAUGCAUCGUGAGAUCUCUGGAUUGGAGUCAUUGGAAAAAACGACUUUGAGAUCCUUAGGACUGAAUUGUGGCAGAGCAAUGUUGAGGUUGAUUCAUCGUGAUCCCGAACAACCUAAAACACAAGCACAUGUGUCAGCUCCUUUAGCUGCAAGACCAACGCAGGAGAGCAUUGACUUAGCACUACGUAUGGCUGCACCGAAUCGUCAGGCUGGAGGAACAUUGAAAACUUUGGAUCCAAUUACAGCCUUAAAGUCAGAAACGGAAAAUAAGUCGGGUACACCGGCCUCGAUAUUAGAAAAAAAUAAGCCUGAACCAACAUGUGAUCUUGAAUCUAAAUCUAAGAUUCCAAAAAAAUCAGAAUCCCUCAAGAAUGAGGAAACUGAAACGCCAAUGGAAGUUACAGAGAGCAACAUUCCCGAGAUGAAAGUUGAAUUUUUGGGAGAAAGAAACGCAUUAGUCUUUAACCAAGCUGGAGCAGAGGCUUUGCCUCGGGACGAGUUGCCAGAUAAUUUCUUUGAACUUACAGUGGAUGAUGCUCGACAUUUGCUAAAAGAUGCUGCUCGUCUACGAGCGCAGUUAGACGAAGCUCCUCUUCUGACUUCAGCUCAGAGGGAGCUAGAUGAAAAUAAAAGAGUUCUGCAUCAUUUGCAUAAAUAUAAACGGACGGUUAUCAGAAUUCAAUUUCCAGAUCAACUUGUUCUCCAAGGUUUAUUUGGGCCGCUUGAAACAGUUCAAAGUAUCCGGGAUUUUGUCAAAAACUACUUGGCUGAUCCGAAUGCAAAUUUUACUCUCUACACAACCCCUCCCCGCACUGUGCUAAACCCUGAUGCUCGAUUGAUCGAUGCUAAUUUGGUACCAUCUGCCAUUAUCUAUUACUCAGGUGAUUCGGUAUUAACAUCAGUUUUACUGAACAAACUCACCGACCCCAGGGCUGCUGGUAUUCAGGCGAUAAAGUCUAGAAUGGAGAUGAAAAGAGAAGAUUCAGGUGAAUCGAAAGAUGAGAAAAUGCUUGAUGUCAUUGGGGCACAACAAGAGCAACCCAAGAGUCUGGGAAAAAUAUCAAGAGCAUCAGAACCCACACCUGGACCGAGCAGCCAGGAUUCUACAAGCUCAGGGAAAUCUCAUAUGCCAAAAUGGUUCAAGCCAUCAUCUAAGAAGUAAUUUCCGCCUUCUGAAAAAUUAUAGCUAGCAAACAAAACAAAAUAAUAAUGAAAUCUGGAUGACUUGGUAGAAAUUGUUACGAGUACCGCACACUUGUUUCUUGUUGUUACUGAUUACUCGUAAGAGAUAAAGGACAGAAAUGUUAUUUCAUAUGGGAUUCUUUUGUAAACCAUUUUCAUAGAGGUGAUGACUGUAAAAUAAUAAAAUAUCCCUGCGCAAGUUUGUAAAAUAA